UUUACCGGUGAGUCUUCCACAAUGUCUGGACGCGGCAAGCAGGGCGGCAAGGCACGCGCAAAGGCCAAGACUCGCUCUUCUCGAGCUGGUCUCCAGUUUCCCGUGGGCCGCGUACACCGCCUGCUCCGCAAGGGCAACUACGCCGAGCGGGUCGGGGCCGGCGCCCCUGUGUACCUGGCGGCGGUGCUGGAGUAUUUGACCGCCGAGAUCCUGGAGCUGGCGGGCAACGCGGCUCGCGACAACAAGAAGACUCGCAUCAUCCCGCGCCACCUCCAGCUGGCCAUCCGCAACGACGAAGAGCUCAACAAGCUAUUGGGCAAGGUUACCAUCGCUCAGGGCGGUGUCCUGCCUAACAUCCAGGCGGUGCUGCUGCCCAAGAAGACCGAGAGCCAUCAUAAGGCUAAGGGCAAGUAGAUCACCUGGGUUAGUUCAGCCACUCAACUCGAGCAAACCAAAGGCUCUUUUAAGAGCCAUUUCCCAACUGAAAAGAACUUUAGCACUAUUUUUUAAGUCUCCUUUCGAAUCUCUGACAAGCCAUCAUUUUACAAUUGAGUCAGCAUACCAUGAUUUGAGGACUAAUUAUUUGGCAGCCUUUUUUUCGCAGGUUUAUGUUCUCUAUGCCGAGGAAACUAUCUGGUGUUUUAUUUGCUUUAGGGACAAAUGUAGCAGUUCGCAUUUAAGCCAUCCUUGACUUCUGGUUCUAACAGAUGGUGAGGCUACAGCAAACCUAAGUCAAAGACUAUUUUGGGGGACACUCAAGAUUUGAGACUGUUCAUCUGUUACUGGGUCAAGCAGUUGGCUGGUGUGCGGUAUCCAGUCAGUGGUUUUAUUCUCAUUUUUAAGUUUUACUCCUGGCAACGCAAAUUUCAUGCCUUUAAAUGUAACAAAGUUGCAGUCUUUGUUUCGGAAUAAAACGUAAAUACUUGGAAGGGGUCUUGGCCUGGUCUUUUUAUUCUGACUUUAAAAAUCAGAUCUUGUUGCACUAAUGGAAUAGAUUUUUAAAGACAAAAAGAAUUAUGUCUAGGAUAGUAGAGAAAUUAAUUAUACUGACAUCAAAUUAUUUUUACAGUAUCUGAAAAUGAAAAGUUCGUUCAUGGAUGUUUCUCGAUGAACUUAUUAGCCCUGGGAUUCCUCAUACAAAAUCAGAUUUUUCCUCCUGGAAAAGAAAAACUUCUUAAAAUUCUAAGUAUUCGAAGGAUGGCAGAUUGAGAAGAGGGUAUAAGGUUGUGCUGUCCAAUAGCAUGGUCGUAACUAGACAGUUGUGGCUCAUGAUAUCCUGAAAUGUGGCAAGUCCAAAAUAAGAUAUGCAGAACAUGUAAAAUACACAUCAGAUUCCAAAAACAGUGCAAACAUAAUUAAAAGUAAAGUAAAAUAGCUAAUUAUGGUAAUUGAUAGAUACACGGGUUAAACAAAAUAUUAAUUUCACCUGAUUUUACUUUGUUUUAAUACGACUAUUAGAAAUGUUUAAAUUUCUUAUGAAGCUCUCAUCUAUUUCUGCUGGAAAACACUGGUAUAGAGCGAAUAACUGCAGAGAAAAUGGGGGAAAAAAAAUCGAGGCCGUGGACAACUAAGACUACCAGAGAUUUUGGAGCAGAACAAAUAAAAAAUUUGAGUCCAUAACCAAUCCGGUUACGGAGUCGGUUCCCCGGCCUCCUUUUGUCCAAUUACUUCUGAAUCACUAUAAAUAAGAAGCCCUGUGCCUACUGUUCACUUUCUUCCUGCAGUAGCUGAGUGUUUAU